AUGGCUGCCCGGGGCUACACGGUGCUCACCGUCCAGUCCUGCCGGCGUGGGCUGCCGCUGGUCCCAACCGACGCGACCAUGGAGGCGACGGUGUCCAUCAGCGCAGGGCAGAGCGCGGGCUUGGAGCACUGGACGCGCUUCAACCCAGACAUGGCCCCGAACGGCUGCGGAGAAGGCACCCGCUUCUGCGUGUCGGACUACGUGCGAACCUUCGCCUCUCGCCUGGGUUUGGAACUGGCGGCCUACAAUGCCAUGGACGGGCAGCGGCUGGUGCCCUACCAGUGCGUGGUGGCGCGCAAGGAGUGGGAGGCAGUGAAGGAUCGCUUCGUUGAGGCUUUCCUGCUGCAGAAGAAGGCCUACCGCAGGGCCAAUGGCGGAUCCACCGCCCCGAGCUUCCAUGCGGACGUGCAGCCGCGCGUCGUGGACGUCGCGUCAGCAGAACCGAAGAGCCUGAAGAAAGCGCUGCCUUCGCACCGGGUGGUAGUGCGCCGGACCUUCUUGGAGGUGGAAGAGGACGAGGACGAGAUGAUGGUUGCGCGGCCCGUGCGGCGGCCGAAGACCACAGGCAUCGUGGAGUUCGCAGCCCGGGGCUACACGGUGCUCCCCGUCCAGUCCUGCCGGCGUGGGCUGCCGCUGGUCCCAACCGGCGCGACCAUGGAGGCGACGGUGUCCAUCAGUGCCGGGCAGAGCGCGGGCUUGGAGCACUGGACGCGCUUCAACCCAGACAUGGCCCCGAACGGCUGCGGAGAAGGCACCCGCUUCUGCGUGUCGGACUACGUGCGAACCUUCGCCUCUCGCCUGGGUUUGGAACUGGCGGCCUACAAUGCCUUGGACGGGCAGCGACUGGUGCCCUACCAGUGCGUGGUGGCGCGCAAGGAGUGGGAGGCAGUGAAGGACCGCUUCGUUGAGGCUUUCCUGCUGCAGAAGAAGGCCUACCGCAGGGCCAAUGGCGGAUCCACCGCUCCGAGCUUCCAUGCGGACGUGCAGCCGCGCGUCGUGGACGUCGCGUCAGCAGAACCGAAGAGCCUGAAGAAAGCGCUGCCUUCGCACCGGGUGGUAGUGCGCCGGACCUUCUUGGAGGUGGAAGAGGACGAGGACGAGAUGAUGGUUGCGCGACCCGUGCGGCGGCCGAAGACCACAGGCAUCGUGGAGUUCGCAGUCCUGGCCUUUUGA